ACAUUUAGCUUAACCUAAAUCCUUAUUCAAUAUUUUGAAUAUUAUUUUCUUGUUUAUUUUAUAAUAGUUGAACCAGAAACAUGGAAUUAAUUGAUCAAAUUAAAAGAGAAAGAGAUAUUUCUUUCAAUGAUUCUGUUCCAAAAAACAAAGAAGAUGAUGGAAAUUUAGAAGAAUAUAAGGUCAAGAUUGAAGAGACAAACAUUGUUGAACAAUUUUUGGAUCAAAAUAUGGAAUGUUUUGAAGCUAAAUUUGAAAAUAAUGAUGGUUUAAAUGCUGAAUCUCAACCUGCUGACUAUUGGGGAUCAAAGUAUCAACCUAAUAUAGAUGAACCUUCAUCUUCUACAUCCACUAUCAAAGGUGAGGAUGAGUUUAUUGAACGUGAACAUUCUUAUGUUGAAAACAACUCAAAUAAAAGAACUCCAAGAAAAACAUUCAAGAUACGUAAUCGUAUCAGAAAUUAUUAUGUCUGUAUUUUUUGUGGCAAAGAAGUAAGAAGUUUUCCUGACCAUAUCUUCCAUUCUCAUUCAGAUGAAAUUCGAGUGAAAGAAAUUCUUGCCCUAGACAAACUAACACCAAAGAGAAGAAUACUAUUAGACAAAUUACGUCGAGAGGGUGACAAAUGUGACCCCUACCAAACAUUCGAGGCUGUAACAAAACGGCAGCCAGUAGAUUUGCAGGCUGAAAGAAUCUUCAAACAAUUCGCCCCCAACGAUCCUCUAAGAACCAGUGGUUUCCUUAAACAGAUGUCCUUUUCCGUUUUAUCCGACACGGUUAUGCAAGAUGAGACUAUUUGCGAAUAUGGAAGACAUUCCUUUCUUAGCAGCGGAGAUAAUAAGUUAAUUAUAAUGAAGAGAGACAUGAGGCGUUUGGCCAAGCUCUUGAUCACCGCUAGAAGCAUUUUAUACGACAAAAAUCUGCAGCUCAUCGAUAUUUUGGUCCCGAGUAAAUUUUCAGUUUUGAUACAGGCUGCUGAAUUGGUAGCGGAAUGUAAUCGAAAGAGUGGAGCAAAUAAUAUACGAUCAAUGACAUAUCAGAUGGGCGGCCUUAUAAAAGGAGCGGUGAAUGCGGCAUUGUCUCUUGAAAUUAAGAAAGUGGAUUGUAGGAACGAUAUCGUGGAAAAACUUCGAACUAUGGUUUCACUCGUAGAGACGGAUUGGGUGCAAGAAAUCUCGACUGAGGUACCUCGAAAUUUGACAAUCUAUGGUUUAAUACCGGCUGCGGAAAAUAUCAAGAAAUUCGAAGAAUAUCUCAAAAACCUGAUAUCGGACUCCAAAGCUCAACUAUUAGACAAUCCUACCAACAGCACAGCAUAUUGCAAACUUAUGGAAGGAUUGUUUUGCAGUAUUAUGGUAUUCAACAGAAGAAGACUGAAAGAAAUUCAGCUUAUUGUACUGGACAUUUGUAAAAGAUAUGAUUCCAUUCCGAUGAGUGUAUUCGAAAGAGUGCUUUCUGAAACAGAAAGAAUUCUAUUUUCUCAUUUGAAAACGGUGAUGAUAAGAAGCUCCACGGGAAUGGUACCUAUACUUAUCGAUGAGUCAACAGCGCAUUCUAUCAUUUUUCUCAUCAAACAUCGACAUCAGUUCGAACUUAAUAACAACAUUUACCUUUUUGGUAUACCAAAAACUAACAUAACAAUAAAUGGCUAUGCAAUUCUGCGUCAACAUACAAAAAUUGCACUCGGGGACGUUAAUCAGGCAUUUCUUUUUACGUGCAUGAGAUUUCGCAAACAUUUAGCAACAAUUGCUCAAAUUUUCAGGAUGGAUAAGAAUGAUUUAAAACAGUUGGCUGAAUUUUUAGAAUUUAAAGAAGAAACCUAUUCCAAAUGGUAUCAAUUGCCGGAUGAUGUACAACAAACUGCUAAAAUAAGUAAAUUGCUGAUGUUAUAUGAACAAACUGAGCUGGAAAGUUUGGAUGGUAACAUAGUGGAAGAUUUUACUUAUUUAAAUGAGGAAAAACAAUCUAUUCCAUAUAGUGAGAUGUUAGAAUUCAAACGUACCCUGGCCAACCUUAAGUCAACUAAACGAACAAGAGUAGCUGAAAAUUCUUCUAGAAGAACUAAGAAGAAUAAUAUCGGUCCUCAAAAAGGUGUAGUUACAAAGCUGAUUUAUAAAAAUCCCAAAAUAUUCAAAAAAGAUUUAGACGACAUAGAAGUGAUAGGUAAUGAGAAUUUAGGACAUUUUAAAAGCAGUACUGAAAAUCAAGAAGAAACAAUGAAAUCCACAGAUUUCACUAACACAAUAUCUACACUUGCCACAGCAGAAGAAAAAAUGGACAUCACAGAAGAGUUUGCUUUACAUAAAGUGAAGGAAGAAAAAAUGGACACCACCGGUCACCUCUAACAAAAGAAAAAGAAUGUAUUCUUUAUAUUGUGAAGAAAGGAUCUGAACGAACUUUGGUUGCGCCAGCAAAAAAGAUCAAAUGAAAAUUUUAUUCUACGGAAAGAUAAAAUCGACGUUUAUACCUCAAAAAGGAAAAUAUUCGCAAAAUAUCCCAGUAUAUUCAAGAAUAAAACUUUGCUAAUCGUCAAAGUUUAUAUUUUUUGAAAGAAUGCGAAGAUGAAGAAGUGAAUUAAUAAUCCAGAGCAGAUAUUUAUUAUAAAUGUUUUCUUGAAUCAAAACUCUGAAUGUAACUGAAUUAUGUGAACUACAACAAUUAUUGGAUUUUCAUGUGUUACUGUUUCCCUAAUUUGUCCAAUAAAGAAUAUUGUAUC